CAACAUCUUCUUGACAUCCAUACAAUCGUUUCAGUCCGAUCUGCCUCGCUUAGAUCUCGACUUGCUUACCGAAGACUCAAUCACUUCAAUCGACCUUCUUUGAUCUAUCAUCAAGAUGUACAAGUUCGCCUUCGCCGCCCUCGUUGGCGCUGUCACUGCCGCUCAGGCGCCUGCCUACGGCGAGACCCCUCCAACCUACCAGGCUCCAUCUGCUCCCUCAUACGGCAGCUCGGCCAACGCAACAAGCACGCACGAGUCUGCCACUGCUCCGGCGUACCACCCAGCACCAUCUGAGUACCACCAGACCGUGCCAAUCUACUCUGGCGAGACCUCCACCAAGAAAUCUCCACCGAAGUACGAGACAACCACCAAGCCAUACUAUGUCCUUCCUCCUCCAGUCUACCAAACUCUCCCGGCCAAUGGAACCGCCACGAAGACGCACCCUGCAUCUUACACUACCAGCGCUCCAGCUUCUGACUGCGCCAAGGAAUGCGUGAAGCAGUACCGCGCAUGCCAGGUCGCCCCGGAUGCCAACCAGUCUUUCUGCGCCUCCAAGCUUGCCGAGUGCGUCAAGUACAACCCAUUCGACAACAGCGGCUCUUUCGUCACCCCAACUGCCUGCUCAUCGGCUGUGAGCACUCCUCCGGCCUACACCACCACGACCGUCACCGAGAUCGUGUCGACUCUUACUACCUACUGCCCUCAACCAACAACCUUCACCCACGGAACUCAGACGUACACCGUGACUUCGGCCACCACUUUGACCAUUACGGACUGCCCUUGCACUCUCACCAAGACGACCAGCGUACCUGUCGCUCCAACCCACCCAGUCGUCGUCGUUCCAUCUCCCAGCAAGCCGGUCGAGGUUCACCCCACACCGGUUGCCCCUAAGCCAGAGACUCCUAAGCCAGAGACCCCUCAGCCAGAGGCACCGAAGCCUACCAACGAGGUUCACCCAGCUCCGUCCGCCCCGGCGCCAGCACCGCCAGCCGGAACACCAGUCCAACAGAUUCCUGACGGCCAGAUUCAGAACCCAGCAUCUGCUCCAGCUCCAGCUCCGGCUCCGGCUCCAUCUUCGGCAGCUCCGGCUCCAGCUCCGCCAGCCGGAACACCAGUCCAACAGAUUCCUGACGGCCAGAUUCAGAACCCAGCCUCUGCUCCAGCUCCAGCACCGGCUCCAUCUUCGGCAGCUCCGGCUCCAGCACCACCAGCCGGAACACCAGUCCAACAGAUUCCUGAUGGCCAGAUCCAGAACCCAGCCUCUGCUCCAGCUCCGGCUCCAUCUUCGCCUGCUCCAGCUCCAUCUUCGCCUGCUGCUCCCCCUGCAUCGCCCGCUGCUCCUCCGGCCGCGCCCGUCGCCUGCCCUCCAGCUGAGACUGUUACCGUGACUGUCACUGCCCCAGCUGCGCCAGCUGGAACCCCAGUCCAGCAGAUUCCCGACGGUCAGAUCCAGAACCCAGCCAAGCCAGCCGAGACUCCCGCGAGCCCAAUCCAACAGAUCGGUGACGGUCAGAUCCAGAACCCAGCCACCCCAGCCACUCAGGAGGCCGCUGUCUCUCCAUCUUCCACCAGCCCAGCCGCCCCAGUCGAGUACACCGGUGCCGCCAACGCUUUGAGCGUCGGUGCCGCUGGUCUCGUCGCCGCUUUCGCGUUCAUCAACGCCAUCUAAGCGAACAUGCUCGAGACUCAGCUCGAAAGAGCAGAGUAGCAUUGCGAUACGGCGUAUUCUGAGCGAUCCACUUGGAUCGAAGUAAUAUGAAGGCAGGAAAGAAGAAGCAUACCGGCCAGGGAUUGGUCCAUGGGUGCUUGUAAUGAAUUGCUCUGAGGGCGACAACCUCUUGGAGACGAUUGAUGAAGAUAUUGAACAUUCUUGUGCAUAGACACUCCUUAUUGAGACAGAUUUUUAGACACAGAUACAGAGUACUCAGAGUACCAUAUUUAC